ACUCCGGCGCAGGAAUAUCCCAAAAGAAAAACAGUUGAUCGGUGAAUCAAUGGCCAGACAUGAGGAGUUGCCGGUUCCCAUUUUCACUUCGCUUGAACCCGUUUAUGGAACUGGGUCACAGCUGGAGGAAGCUGAGCUGCGAUUCAACAAGUUGAAAUCCAAAUUUAUUGACUUCUUUGGCCAGCCUCCUGAUAUUUACGCCCGAUCUCCAGGGAGGGUAAAUUUGAUUGGAGAGCACAUAGACUAUGAAGGUUACUCUGUGUUACCAAUGGCCAUCAGGCAAGAUACCAUUGUGGCGAUACGAAAACGUGAUGCAGGCGAGGGGGAGAAAGUGCUUCGGAUUGCAAACGUUAACAGCGAGAAGUAUACUUUGUGUACUUACCCUGCAGAUCCUGAUCAGGAAAUUGAUUUGAAGAAUCAUAGAUGGGGUCACUAUUUUAUCUGUGGGUACAAAGGUUUCUAUGAGUAUGCCAAAUCAAAGGGAAUAGAUGUAGGUGAAGCAGUUGGACUCGAUGUCGUUGUUGAUGGUAUUGUUCCAACAGGAUCUGGUUUGUCAAGUUCUGCUGCAUUCGUUUGCUCGUCAACAAUUGCCAUAAUGGCAGCAUUUGGCGUCAACUUUCCAAAGAAAGAACUUGCUCAACUUACUUGUGAAUGUGAAAGACACAUCGGAACACAAUCUGGUGGAAUGGACCAGGCUAUCUCUGUGAUGGCUCAAUCUGGAUUUGCUGCACUCAUUGAUUUCAACCCUAUCCGGGGUACGGAGGUGCAACUCCCUGCUGGGGGAACAUUCAUUAUAGCUCAUUCACUGGCUGAAUCUCAGAAAGCAGUUACUGCAGCAACUAAUUACAAUAACAGGGUUGUCGAAUGCCGUUUAGCUUCUAUUGUAUUGGGCAUAAAGCUCGGAAUGAAGCCUGAGGAAGCCAUAGAAAAAGUCAAGACACUUUCCGAUGUUGAAGGAUUGUGUGUGUCUUUUGCUGGUAAACAUAACUCAUCAGAUCCAGUUCUGGCUGUCAAGGAAUUUUUGAAAGAAGAACCUUACAGUGCCGAAGACAUUGAGCAAAUCACCAAUGCAAAGCUGGAAACUAUUUUUGCCAAUUCUCCUUCUUCCUUGGAUGUGCUGAAAGCUGCCAAGAACUUUAAGCUGCACCAGAGAGCUGCUCAUGUCUACUCUGAGGCCAAACGUGUGUAUGCUUUCAAAGAUACCGUAUCAUCUAAAUUAAGUGAGGAAGACAUGCUGAAGAAGCUUGGGGACCUCAUGAACGACAGCCACUACAGCUGCAGUGUCUUGUACGAGUGCAGCUGUCCUGAAUUAGAAGAGCUUGUAAAGAUUUGCCGGAAUAAUGGUGCUCUUGGGGCAAGGCUCACAGGAGCUGGAUGGGGUGGUUGUGCCGUUGCUCUUGUGAAGGAAAACACUGUUCCUCAGUUCAUCCUCAACUUGAAGGAGCAAUUUUUCCAAGCAAGAAUCGACAAGGGUGUGAUCAAUAAGAACGAUCUCGGGCUAUACAUUUUUGCAUCUAAGCCAUCAAGUGGUGCUGCCAUCAUCAAAUUUUAACUGCUGCCCACUAGUAUCGGCUGCUUUUCUUCAUCUUGAUCCGAGAGGAUCACUUUUACAUUUCCUAGCUGAAAAUAAAUAACUAAUUGGUCCGUGCAAAUCUGAACCAAUUUAUGAAACCGGGAUCGAUCAUUCUGCAAUGUUUUAUUUUACCAAUGUCGAAUGCAGCCGUGAAGAAGCAUCAUGGCAUUUUUGUUACUACA